UGGAUUCCCAACUCUUCUAAAGUCCUUCCCGGCGCUGCGUGAAGAAUGGGCGCGCUGCUGGACUCGUCGCCGGGGGUUAUAGGGAGACUAAACGAGUCACUCGAGGGUGUGGAGAGGUAGGGUUAAUUGCGAGGGUGCUGCGAGGGGCCCCACUGAUCCGGGACCAGGAUCCCAGCACCCCACACCAGACCUGGACUAGCUCCAGGGGUUCACCGCGGGAAUGGAUAGGGGAGGAGCCAGACAAGGCCCGUACCCCUUUACGUCACGUCCGGCGAGGCGGGGCUUCGGGGCCUUCCCAGGGAGUUGUGGGCGGUGGGGGCGGGGGGGAGAAGUAUCGGUUAACCCCUGCUUGGCUGGGCGGGUUGGAGCUCCGCGGGCCGGAACCCGCGAGUCGGGGCUCCCCAGCCACACCCCUCGCGGGAUUUAAAGGGCAGGAGGGGCUGGGCCCGGUCGAAUCCCGAACCUAGGGAGCGGGCAUGAGGCGCUGCCCGUGCCGGGGAAACCAGAGCGAGGCGGAGGCUGGGGCGCUGCCGGGGACAGCCCGCAUGGGACUGGCGGCGCCGCGAGGGGGGCGGCGGCGGCAGCCAGGGCAGCAAAGACCUGGGCCCGGCGCAGGGGGCCCGGCGGGGCGGCCAGAGAGGGGCGGGCCCCGGGCCCGGACCGAGGAGUCCAACCUCCACACCGAGCCCGAGAGGACCGGCCUCGGGCCUGAGUCGGGGACCGACGGACAGGCUGAGCCUGAAGCAGCUGGCUCCGGGGCGGGGACGGAGCGGCCCAGCCAAAAGACGGAGCCAGGCAGGUCCAUCCUCCGGACACAUCCAGAAAGGAGCAGCCACUGGUCAGAACUGGAGACAGCCGGUGACUGGACGGAGACUAGGACAGAUAGCUUUUGGACUGAUCCACACAGGUCUGACCUCCAGUGUCAGCCAGAGAGGGCUAAUCUCUGGGCACAGCAAGGGGUUGAUGGGCCCUGGGCAGAGCUAGAAAUACAUGGGUCACAGACCCAGCCAGAGAGGGCCAAGCCCAGGGCUGAUAAUCUCUGGACCCACCAGAACAGGUCCAGCGGCCGGACUCAGCCAGAAGGGGCCUCUCUCUCAGCAGAGCCAAAUGCUGAUGGCUCUUGGAAAGAAUCGUACACUGAUGGCUCCAGGACACAACAGGAUACCAAAGACCCCUGGACAGAGCAGCAUAUUGAUGGCUCCCAGUUACAACAGGAUACGGAAACAACCUGGAAACAGCUUGACAUCGAUGGUUUCCCAACACAACAAGAUACUGAUGGCUUCUGGCCACAGCCUGGCACUGAUGGACCCCAGACACAAGAUACUCAUGGACCCCAAACAGAGCCUGGGACAGACUGCCUUUUGGGGGAGCCCAACCAAGAUGGCUUAUUAGAGGAACCAGAACACGGGGAGUUGGUGACUCACCUGUACUCUCACCAGGAGUGUUGCCCCCUGACCCCUGUGCCCCGCCUCAUCAUCACUCCUGAAACCCCCGAGCCUGAGGCUCAGCCAGUGGGACCCCCCUCCCAGAUUGAAGGGGGCAGUGGAGGCUUCUCCUCUGCCUCCUCUUUCGACGAGUCUGAGGAUGACGUGGUGGCCGGGGGUGGAGGUUCCAGCGACCCUGAGGACAGGUCUGGGAACAAACCGUGGAAGAAGCUGAAGACAGUGCUGAAGUAUUCGCCCUUCAUGGUCUCCUUCCGAAAACACUACCCUUGGGUCCAGCUGUCUGGACACUCUGGGAACUUCCAGGCAGGAGAGGAUGGUUGGAUUCUAAAGCGUUUCUGUCAGUAUGAGCAGCGCAGCCUGGAGCAGCUGAUGCGCGACCCCCUGCGACCUUUCGUGCCAGCCUACUAUGGCAUGGUGCAGCAGGAUGGCCAGGCCUUCAACCAGAUGGAAGAUCUCCUGGCAGACUUUGAGAACCCCUCCAUCAUGGACUGCAAGAUGGGCAGCAGGACCUACCUGGAGGAGGAGCUGGUGAAGGCGCGAGAACGGCCCCGGCCCCGGAAGGACAUGUAUGAGAAGAUGGUGGCUGUGGACCCUGGGGCCCCCACCCCAGAGGAACAUGCCCAGGGUGCAGUCACCAAGCCCCGCUACAUGCAGUGGAGGGAGACUGUGAGCUCGACCUCCACCCUGGGUUUCCGGAUCGAGGGCAUCAAGAAAGCUGAUGGGACCUGCAACACUAACUUCAAGAAGAUGCGGAAGCUGGAGGAGGUGACAAAGAUGUUGGAGGACUUUGUGGAUGGGAACCGCGCAAUCCUGAGAAAGUAUGCGGCACGCCUAGAAGAACUUCGUGAAGCUCUGGAGAACUCCCCCUUCUUCAAGACCCACGAGGUGGUAGGCAGUUCCCUCCUCUUUGUGCAUGACCACACCGGCCUGGCCAAGGUCUGGAUGAUCGACUUUGGCAAGACCGUGGCCCUGCCUGACCACCAGACGCUCAGCCACCGGCUGCCUUGGGCUGAGGGCAACCGCGAAGACGGCUACCUCUGGGGCCUGGACAACGUGAUUCGCCUCCUCCAGGGCCUGGCCCACAGCUGACCUGCUCGUCCACCAUCACGUUUAUUUAUUGGAUGGUGCCCGUCUGGCUGGAGGGGCCCCGAGAUGCACGUGGGCCUGAAGUCCAGGGAUGGGAAAGGUUGCACUGCACACGCAGGACCAGUGCAGAAGAUGCAGAGGGCCUUGGCGAUCAGGUGGCACCGCACCCUCUCGGGGGCGCGGAGGUCGUUAAGAGCCUGAGAAGCGUGUGCCAUGGCUGGGUCCCGCGGUGAGUCAGAACCAGACUGGGUCCCCUGACCAGCCAGGAAGGCUUCUGAGGGGCCGCAGAGGCCACAACUAAACCACCGCCCUGAGAACACAGUGUACGUGCCACAGGGCAUGGGUGUGACCU